UGUCGGUCCCUUGGCCCCGCCCAACCAGGAAGUCGUGCUAAAGUAAUGCUUCCACUUUCACUCUUAAAACUGAAAACACGGAUUUUGGCACUAUUAAUGAUGGAGGAUGCAGAACAGAACCGACUGGAGGAGCUGUUAAUGUGCCCAGUGUGUCAGGACAUUUUUAAAGACCCCCGUCAGCUGCCAUGUGGUCACAGUUUGUGUGUUGACUGUGUGAAAAAGCUGCAGGAACACUCCACAGAUGCACCUUUCCGCUGUCCAGACUGCAGGGCUGAUUUUGGACAGGGGCUGGAGUUACAGAAGAACUACGCCCUGGUCAGCAUCACAGAGGACUUCAAACUGAGCAAGAGAAGGAAGGAAAAGCAGGCUGAACGUGUGUACUGUGACUGUUGUCCAAAGAGCAGAACUCCAGCAUUUAAAUCCUGCCUCAAGUGUGAGGUAUCACUGUGCAGAGAGCACGUGAAGGACCACUUAGAGCUGCAGGCGUUUACAGGACACCCCCUGGUGGAACCUCUGAGUGACCUGCUGGAGAGAAAAUGCCCGGAUCAUCAGGACAAGGUGCUCAGGUACUACUGCACCUCGUCCCGCCGCUAUAUCUGUAACAUGUGUGCCCUGGAGAGCAAGCAGCUCAGCGCAGCCUCAGAUGCCUCCACUGUCGUGCGACGACAGCUGACGGAGUACAUGGACCAGCACUUUAAAUUGCUUCAGGAGCAAAUUGAAGAAUCUACAAAUACUCUUAACAGUCAGCUUGCAGCACAGAGAGGAAACCCUUUUGACCGCCUUAACGGCGUUACAGUAGUCCUGCUCUUUCUUUGGUUCAUCGUCCUCUACUACGCAUACAACUACUCUGUGGAAAACCAGACGCUGAUGGACGCGUUGGAGAGGCAGCAGAGUCGAGUGCAUCACAUUUAUUCCAGCAUAGCAGAACAUAUGGUUGAUCAUCCUCUGAAGAGCCACAGAGCUUCACAUCCUGAGGAUGGAGGGAUCUUCAUGUGGGACAUGGACACUGCCAGUCGUCUCCUUGGAUUUUCUGCCGACCUCCAGACAGCGGAGAGAGUAAAAGCAGCGCUGCAUUAUCCCCCCAGCGACAGUCGCUUCGACGAAGCCCCGCAGGUCCUCUCCAGGCCGUGCUUCUCCUCCGGGGCUCACUUCUGGGAGGUGGAGGCCGAGGGCUGCUGGGACAUCGCCCUGUCCUACAGGAGCAUCCAGCGAAAGGCCGGAGACAACAGCACGUUCGGACACAACGCAGAGUCCUGGAGCCUCGGCUACAGCGGUCAGGGUGGGCUUUACGCCUGCCACGAUAAAGAGAGAACCGCCGUGGCGGGAUCGCUGCAGAGCAGCAGAAUAACAGUGGAGGUGAACUUUGAGGAGGGCAGAAUCAGCUUCAGCGCGGUGGGUUCCAUAAAGACACUGCUGCACCAGUUCAAGGCAGAGCUGAAGGAGUCGCUUUGUUUGGGUUUGGGUCUUUAUCAUGUAGAUCCACCCAGCAGAGCCUCUGUAGUGAAGUUUUUAUGAACAAUCCUCCACCAAGCAUCCAGACUACCGAGAGGCCUUGCACUUACUUUUAAGCUCAGGAGAUGUUUGAUUAAAGUGUUUUCUUAUGUAUAUCAACUAAAUAGGUUAUUUUUAAAAGGGGUUGAUUUAUAUUAAUGAUGUAAAUAUAUCAAAACUUUCUUCAGUGUCAUGACAAAGUAGUUUUUCGUACUGAUAAAAUUCCCUACCUCAUAUUUAGGGUUCUUGUUUUUCAAUCAUACAUGCUGUUGUGUUAAAUCAGUAAUGUAAAGAAAUGUCAAACUAAAAUCCUUCUAAGGAGGCAUGAAGCGUUCAGAUUAAAUCUCAGGAACUGAAGAGAAAAGCUUUCGAUUUGGAGGCACCUUAGGGAAAUGGGGAAACUGCAGAAACCAGGGUCUUCCUAUUUUUUCUUUAUUAAAAAAAAAAUAACAUUUGAACAUUGAAGAACUGAACUGCCUGAUUAAAAAUUACACUUAUAAAAAAAGCCGUUAAAAACAAAACU